AUGACAGAAGCGGCAGUAUCUGGAGUCGCCCACCAAGACGGCAACCCCAAACAACAACCUCCUCAUGCAUCAACAGAGUUGAGCUCAGAGUCUGGAAGCACGGUCGAUACCAGAACUCGUCGACAGAAACUUAGCGACAUCUUCACUAUCUUUGCAAGUGGUGCCGCUCUUAUCAGCGAUGGAUACCAGAACAAUCUCAUGACUAUGACCAACGUCGCAUUGCGAAAGGAAUACCCGAAACAAUACACACCCUACUUUAGCACUGCCGUCUCCAAUGCACUGCUUGUCGGCGAGGUCAUUGGGCAGGUUGUCGUUGGUCUCACCUGCGAUUACCUCGGUCGCAAGUUUGCGAUCAUUCUUACCACAGUCAUGAUUGUUGUUGGUGGCAUCCUGGCGACUGCUGCGUCCGGUACCACCAUUCAUGGUAUGUUUUGGAUGUUGAUAGUAGCAAGAGGUAUCGUCGGCUUCGGAACUGGAGGAGAAUAUCCUGCAAGCUCAACUUCCGCGAGUGAAGCCGCCAAUGAACAAAACCUCAAGCAACGAGGUCCGUUGUUCAUCCUGGUCACCAAUCUGCCGCUUUCGUUUGGUGGCCCACUUGCCGUUUCGAUCUUCCUCAUCGUCUUGUCCGCCGCUGGUCAAACCCAUCUCGGAACUGUUUGGCGCGUGUGCAUGGGUAUUGGGUGCCUCUUGCCAUUGUCUGUCUUCUACUUCCGUAUGAAGAUGCUCAACUCGAAGCUGUAUCGCCGUGGCGCCAUCAAGAAGCGUGUUCCAUACACUCUCGUGUUGCGCUACUACUGGAAACGACUCUUGGGCACAUGCGGUGCAUGGUUCCUGUACGACUUUAUCACAUUUCCCAAUGGUGUCUUCUCUGCGACAAUCCUAAGCGGUGUAGUCAAGAAGGGAAGCAACAAUAUUCGCUCGACUGCUGAAUGGCAACUCUUGCUUGGUGCCAUCGCGCUGCCCGGUGUCAUAGUUGGUGCUUAUCUCUGCAACCGCAUCGGACGUAAGAACACGAUGAUGCUCGGAUUUAGCGGCUACCUCGUCUUUGGAUUGAUCAUUGGGUGCGCGUACGAGCAAAUCACCAAAAUCUUGCCUCUCUUUGUCGUCUUCUACGGCCUGAUGCAAAGCUGUGGAAACAUGGGACCUGGUGAUAUGCUCGGUCUGCUCUCGAGCGAGAGUUAUGCUACAGCCGUGCGUGGCACCUGUUAUGGUAUCUCGGCUGCGCUGGGAAAGACUGGUGCUGCAAUCGGUACCCAAGCUUUCACUCCCAUCCAGGUACAGCUUGGAAAGAGGUGGACAUUCAUCAUUGCUGCCAUCUGUGGAGUUGCUGGUAUCCUGGUGACCUACUUCUUCAUACCCGAUCUCAGAGGCGAGGAUCUGGCUCGGGAGGACGAGAAGUUUAGAGCAUAUCUGGUGUCCAAGGGUUGGCAUGGUGAGAUGGGUGAAGACGAUUUGAAGGGCCUGGCUGAUGAUGGCGUAUCGCAAGAGGUGAUCGAGGAUGUCAAGAGAGCCUGA